GUUCCCUGACUCCUCUUGAACUCUGGAGUUUUCUUUCCUUGUAGCAUCUCCCUCCCCUUUCUGCCCUGGCUGCACAAAUGUGCUCAAUUAGGGUUAACUCAAACUGAAUCAAACUUCGUGCCUGAGGUUGGAAAUCUUCCCAGUCAACUCACCACAGCCACAUAGCAUGGUGGGAGACAAGGCGAGAGGGGAGAUGAACGCUUUUCAGAGAAACGAAUCCAAGGAAACUUUGUUCACUUUUAUUUCUGCAGGAGAUGAUCCCCCCAAAGGAGAUUUCCCUCUUCAGAAAAAAUCCCCGAAACUCUGUGGCUCCAACUACCCCCUGAGCAUUGCCUUCAUUGUGGUGAAUGAGUUCUGUGAGCGCUUCUCUUACUAUGGCAUGCGAGCUGUCCUGACACUGUAUUUCUUAAGCUACUUCCACUGGGAUGAGAAUCUCUCCACUGCUGUGUACCAUGCCUUUUCUGCGUUGUGUUAUUUCACACCUGUUAUUGGCGCCAUCAUGGCAGACUCAUGGCUGGGGAAGUACAAGACGAUCAUCUACCUCUCCAUUGUGUAUGUUGUUGGCCAUCUGAUAAAGUCAGUCGGUGCCAUUCCAUCCCUGGGCAACCAGGCAGUUCAUGUGGUCCUGUCUAUGGUUGGUCUCUUUUUGAUCGCCCUUGGAACAGGAGGGAUCAAGCCCUGUGUCUCUGCAUUUGGUGGGGACCAGUUUGAAGAAGAACAUACCUCGGAGAGAAGCAAGUUUUUUUCCAUCUUCUAUUUAUCCAUUAAUGCUGGAAGUUUGAUCUCCACGUUUGUAACUCCUGUACUAAGAGGGGAUGUGAAAUGUUUUGGAGAGGAUUGUUAUGCACUGGCUUUUGGCGUCCCAGCAGCACUGAUGGUGUUGGCGCUUGUUGUGUUCAUUGCUGGAAGUGGACUGUACAGAAAAACACCACCACAAGGAAACGUCUUGCUGGAAGUGUGCAAAUGCAUCGGUUUUGCUAUUAAAAACAGGCUGAAAAACCGCUCCCGUGAGAUUCCAAAGAGAGAUCACUGGCUGGACUGGGCAUCAGAAAAAUACUCGAAACAGCUGAUUGGGGAGGUUAAAAUGGUGACUCGUGUUCUCUUCCUCUUCAUACCACUGCCAAUGUUCUGGGCCCUGUUUGAUCAGCAGGGAUCCAGGUGGACUUUGCAAGCCACAAAAAUGAAUGCUGAUUUUGGAAUAUAUGUCCUUCAGCCUGACCAAAUGCAGUUCUUAAAUCCACUUCUUAUUCUUGUCUUCAUCCCAAUUUUUGACCUUGGACUCUACCCCCUGAUAAACAUGUGCAAAUUGAAUUUCACACCUAUUAGGAAAAUGGCAACAGGUAUGAUCCUUGCAGGGCUGGCAUUUGGACUUGCAGCUGUUAUAGAAGUCAAAAUAAAUGAAACCGAUAUGCCUCGACUUGUCCCAAAAGAAAGUUUAAUUCGGGCCCUGAAUUUGGCAAAGAACCCUGUUCAAGUGACAAUCCAAGACAAGGACCUAUUUCAGCAGCCUGUGGAGUCUUUUCAGAACCCAGCUGAGUACUCAAAAUUAAUAUUGAAUGGAGAGCAACAAAGUCUUCACUUCACCCUGCAACAUCAAGGAUUGACUCUUGCUUUUAACUACACCGUGAAGGAAAAAUCAGUAUACAGCUUAAUUGUUUUUGAGGCAGAAGGAAGCCUAUCAAGCCGCUUAAUUACAGACUUGGAAGCAAAGCCAGAAAAUGGUUUGGCAGCUGUUAGAUUCAUUAAUGGUUUGAGCCAAGAUGUCAACCUCACCAUCGAUAGCAAAAGGUUCAUUGCUGUUCAGAAAAACUACAGUGCUUCUGAGUACUCACUGCUGGAGAGGGACAUAUAUAAUAAUGGAAAAUGCAUAACUGAAACAGGAGAGUUCCCCCUGGAGCUGGGGCUGCUUGAUUUUGGUGCCUCAUACACUGUUGUGAUAACUAAUAUUUCUGGGGGUGCCGUUGAGAUGUGGAAAUCAGAGGACAUCAAAGCCAACAAUGUCCAUAUGGCCUGGCAGUUACCACAAUAUUUAUUGAUAUCUGCUGGGGAGGUGAUGUUCUCCAUUACGGGUCUGGCCUUCUCCUAUUCUCAGUCUCCAGCCAGCAUGAAGUCGGUGCUGCAGGCAGGCUGGCUGCUCACAGUGGCUGUGGGAAAUACCUUUGUGCUCAUUGUUGCCGAGGCUGCACCAAUGGCACAGUGGGCUGAAUUUGUCUUGUUCACUGUUCUCCUCUUUGCUGUGUGCAUUAUUUUCUCCAUCAUGGGAUAUUUCUAUGUCAGUGUGGAUCCAGAGGACCUAGAAGAAAAGGAAGAGAAGAGAGAGACCUCAAGCAGAGGAAACAUGAUUGGUCUUGUUACUCAGAAAACAAAGCUCUAACACAUCAUGGGUUGGGAUUUUUUUUUUUUAAACUCAAUUAUGAGAAAGUAAAAGAAGGGUGGGGUCAGUGUUAUUUUAUUUUAGAGCGUUGCAGUCUUUGUUACUCAAAAUGUAGCCACCUUAUAAAUGGGACCAAAUAGCCCUCUAUAAAAACAAUGGGGGUCCUGAAAUCAGAGCAAAACUCCCUGGGAAAGCUCCUCAGGUAUUAAAAGCCCUUAUUAGUAAUUACAGUGUAAUUUACAACCUGCCCAUCUUUUUAAGCAUGGAAUGCUUUCCUAUGAUUUUGCCUUAAACAUAUAUUUAGGGCAGCAGGGAGGAAGGGUGGAAGGAAUGCCAUAUGACACAAAAAUCUGGAGAUGUUAAGAGAGAAGAAAGAGGAAAAACUAGUAUAGGAAUUAGGGAAGAAUAGCUGUUAGUGACAGAAGGGAUUUUAAUGCUAUCAUCAAGGACUGUAAGGGUUACACACAGUCCCAAAGGCUUUCAUCAUGUAACUCUCCUUAUGAGUAUUUCAUCCCAUUAUUGCAUGUUAUGAAUGGUUCUGAUUUAUGAUUUUCACCUUCAGGCUCAGAAGUAAUAACACAGAAUUAAAUUCUGCAGGCUAAAAUAUUCCCAAAACACCGCUGACGAAGACAGGCAUGCUACCACCUCUCCAAUACCCAUUUUUUUUCCCUUAGAAGUUUUUAGCAACUGAUGGUGUUCUUUGAUUAGACAUGAUUAGAGAAUUGGUUUAUGCUUUCUUAUUUCAGAAUUCCAGGCAGUUAUUUGCCAUCUUCCUAUACAUUAAGCCUUUAUUGGGCAUUUCCUUUUACAGCACCUGUCACUGCAAGUUAGGAUAUGGCUGAUUUCUUAUCUCAUGCCUCAGUUAUUCCCCACUGGGAGACAAGUUGCAGUAGUUUCUAUAAAAUUCCAGGACUCCUGCAGUGAGUUAUUUACAAGGAUGUACUUUAUCAUUUUUUCAGUCUACAAGAGGAGACCAUGGCAUAUGAGAUUUUUCUUUUUCCUCCUUGUUUUUCCAUCCCUACCAAACUUUGGAUAUAGCAAUUUUAUUGGAAUUGCGAUAUAAUUGCCUCAUUUUUUCUCAAUUGCGUGAAGCUGUGGUUUCAUGUUCUGCAUAGGAGUAAUUCAACUACUGCUGAUCUAGUAAAACUCCUGAGACAGACCCUGCCUUCCUCUGUCACUUCAAGGCCACAGUUAUAACAGGUUAUAAUCCACAGUUAUAAUCCAAGCCUAAUUUAAAAAAAGGUUCUUAAUAGGCUCUUCAGGUUCACAGAGAACAGAUUUUAAAUUAUGCUUUCCUCUUCCAUCUUGGCAUCGGCCAUAGGUUGAUGAUACUUGGAUACAGGAGAUCACAAAAUACAUGUUUAAUUUAAUUCCUAUUCAGGACAGUGCUAGGAAAUACACUCAGUUUGACACCUCAGCUCCUUUGAUGUGCUCCCAGUGUGUAUCUUCUUGAAUAACGCUAAGAAAACACAGCUUUUUGGUUUGUAACUCACAGCAUAAGAUUGCUAUCUCUGCUUCCUGUCCUAAAUGGGCAUGGACUUUCACCACUAGUUCACACCUGCCUGCUGUGAAGUAGCAUCUGGGGUUGUGCCAGAGGGGGACCAUGGUCUCAUCAGAUAAAUGAGAAGAGGCUGCAGAUGUGCACGCAGGAACACUUGGGGUGGUUCAGUCCAUGCAGAGACAUUUAUUAAGCUGUGGUGGCUGGAUCCAGGCAGCUGAACCCUGCAACUCCAUGGGGAAUGAAGGGCAUUGAAAGCCACCUAUUAGGUCAUCCAACCUGCUUCUCAGAAGCCAAGUGAGGAUUAUUCCCCUCUGUUCUUUCUGGUAUUGUUCUCCUGCUGUGAUUCUUUGUGUAGGUUCGUUCUCCUCCAAGCAUUGUUGUUUUCCUAAUCCCAUUUUAUGACACACUGUGAAUCAGCUCAGAGGCUGCUGAAUCACUCUGCUCUGAUGCUGUUUGACCAGCUUCCAAGUUGAAGCACUAAUAGAAAGCAUUUCUUCCUCCACCCACUGUAAACAAAACAAAAAUCCCCAAACUGAAGGAAUGGCCAGGCUCCAGUAGCACUGAACAAACACAAUUUAGAAUUAUUGGAGCAUUUAAUUUUUUAUAAGCCUUGAAUUUGCAAGUAUGUCGGGGUUCGAGGGCAUAUGUGGCAAAAAGACAAAUGAAAAUUAUUGAAGCACUUUCCUUGGGAAGCACUUGGUAAGCAGUUCAAAGCUGCAUGAGUGAAAGUAAGGUAUCCAGGUCUCUAAGACUACAUCUGCUUGAGAACUCUGGAUUUUGUUUUGGUUUGUUUGGUUUUUUUUGGUUUUUUGUUAGUUUUGUUUUGGUAUUUUUGGGGGGGAUUUUUUGUUUUAUUUUGUUUUAUUUCCUUAUUGGUGACACUACCAGAAGCUGUCACAGACUCUGAGCUUAAUUUAAAUGAAUUGUUCCAAACUCAUAAAAGAUACAUUUAGGAUGUCAUCUGUAUCUGCUUUUUAGACUCCUGAUGCCAAAUUGUCCCUUUCCAAAAAUCUCCAUGUUCCAAACUGUCACCAUAAUGCUGGGGGAAGGAAAAAUUGCAAUUCACAGUCGGGAAGAUUAUGAACAGAAAGGCAAUGCUGUAAAUAAAGUGCUAACAUGAGGCUGGGGGCUGCAGGAGCAGCCCCUCCCAGGAGCUGCUUGGGGGCCUGUAAGGCUCUGCUCACAAUUCUCUCAGAGAUGAACUGGUUGCUUCCCACCUGCUCAUCAUCACCUAUUGGAAGCUUUUUCCUUCUCUGAUCUGCUUCCUCGGUUGCUGGUAUGAUCCUUCCCCACUGCUUCAGCUGCUGUUGUAGCUUUGCCAAAUUGGACCCAUUUAUUUGGAAUGCACCAGCAGUUUGGAGGGAUUUCCACUGGCAUGCUCACAACCAGCCAGGAGCGGGCUGGGGCUGUAGCAAAGAGCUGCAGCAAAGAGCUGCCCCUUCUGUAGCUGGAGAAGGGGGGCAAAUAGCACAUUCAGCAUAGCACUUCUCAAGUUUUAGAGCCACAACUCCAUCCUUGGAGGCCUUGCAUCACUUUCAAAUGGACUCAAGACUGGAUCAAAGGUUUGGGACUUGAUUCCAUAGAGUAAUGGGGGUCUCUGGGUUUUUCUCCCAUAUGGUCACCUCAGAGAUGGGGCCAGGCUCAGCUCUUCAUACCAAAUUUUAGAAAAAUAUUCUUUAUUCCUCACAAUUCUUUGCUUUAGGAUCGCAGGGAGGAUCCAAAGUAGAGAUAAUAUAUGUAAAGCUGUAUGAACCUCUAUAGAGAAAUAGCAACCUGCUGCCUGUCCAUCUUCACCCUGUCACUGAAGACUCACAGCUGUUGAUGAAGCUUUCCCUGGCACAGAUUAGGGAAAGCUCACAUCAAGUGACCUACAGGAAUUACCCUUUCCAUGGACAGGAAAGAGGUGGUGGGAAACUGUAGAUGUGUUGCUGCACAAAUCUUCAUUGCAGGGGUUUGGCUUUGCUCUGUAAGUAUGUGUGUUUAUCUGUUUCUCUGAAGGGUGCUUUCUGAGGAAGAAUUUUUUGUGCAGAAAACUUCCCUUCAUUUGCACUGGCUGUUGCUAUUUUUCCCCUUAGAAGGUUGUAAGUGUGACCAGUGUUAUUUCCAGUUUUGCAUGAGAUAAGCAUAAAAGUGAGAUUGCAAACUCAGCAAAAUAACACCUUGGCUGUUGGUUCCUUAAACUUACCUCUUUUUCUGAGGCAGGCAGAUGACUUUAGGUAGCAAACUUCUCUGUGCAGCUUAAGGGGCUUGCAUCUCUCUUUUCUUUCAUCUUCCUUUCACCACAAUCCCAGAAGAUGAGCCCUGGCAGGAUGCAGCUGGUGUGUGCUGUCACCACUGACUAGGAAGCAAGAACCUGGCCAGGUCAGGAGCUGGUUCCUCUCUAGAUACCCAAAUGGGGCUUGGCAAAGUAGACUGAGGCAGGGCUGGCCCUGGUGGAAGUUGUGGUUUACUAAGCAGUGAUCUGGAUUUGAGUUUUAUUGUGAAAGGAAAGUGAGUGAAAGGAAGUUUUCACUUUACUUGGCUUUGGCAUAAGGCAAGGAAAAUGCAGAUUGGUGGGCAGGCAGGAAACAAAGGGCUGCUUGCUCAAGGUCUUCCCAAUCCCUCAAUGGACAGCUGAAGUUACAUUGAAUUAAUUGCAGACAAUAUGAGAUGAGAGAACAGGAAAGCUCAGAUAAUCAUCUAGGUGGAUGACAUCAGGUCUUUGAGAAGAGCACUCUCCUAGCUCUGGUGGUGAAGGGCCAUUGAGGGAGAUGGUCAGCCAUGGUUUGAAAAUGGGUUUGGCAUUCCAGAGUACUGCAAAAACCAGCACGAAGACCAGCACUGGUGGGUCUGCACUGACUGGAGAAGGAGGUGGCUGUACCCCAGCAAUGUCCCUAUCUUCCAUGGCAGCCACCAACUUGGCUUAACCUAUGGGACAGAACAAACAAGUGAAAGGUAAUGCAGAUGUGAUUAGCACAGGAGGAAGAGAUAUAAUUAGGGGUGGUUAACAAGUUUUAGCCAGGAUAGUGCCCAGAAGGAUAAUCUCCUUUUUUCUCUGCAUUGAAUUUCUUUGCUAAGCUACAAGAACCACUUUCUGGCACAAGCUGCUUAAACCUGGGAGAUCAGCACCAUGGCAAAUACCACAGCUGCUGAAUUUUGGAUGGUACAAGACUCUGUAUUUCAUUAUCACUACAUUUGUUAUUGUGAUACAAUUUUAAAACAGCAGUUAAGUCAUGCAUCUGGUCCCAGACGUUGACAGAUCUGGCCAGGGUUUUGCAUAUUGAUAGCUGGAUUCAUUAGCUGUUGAUAGCUAGUCUUUCCUGUUAAUGUGUGUGAUAAACCUCUCAUGUACAAGUACAUAUGGGGUCUUUAGAAUUCUCCAGCAAUUUAUAAAAAAGCCCCAAAGUUCCACAUGAAGCUGGUUUAACAUGAACUGUGGUGUUGCUUCUUUGAGGGAGCUUCCCAUGUGCUUUGUAAAGCAGGGACCCUCAUUCAUCUCCUCUAAAGUGCUCCCCAGAGAGACAAAAAUGAGGGACACAAACAUUUUACCUUGUGAAGGGCUCAUGUUACCUAAUGGAAAUGGCAUGAAAGAAAAUAAUUGUUUUGCUUAAAAUCCCUCCUUCCUCACCAUCUCAGGUGGACAACAGGGAAGGAAACUGUUUCUUAUUGAACUUUGUAUCAAGGAGCUGCUUCGUCUUCUCAAAGUCUUUUCAUGCUGUGUUUUGCCAGCAGAUCGACAUUAACCUGUCUCUAUCACCUGUAGAUCAGAAGACUGUCAGGAUGCAGAGCAGCCACAUAGCAGGCUCCCACAGUCAGCUGAUCAACUCUGAUCUCUUCAUUUUUAAUGAAUAGUUGUAGCAGUUACCCUGCAGGACUCAGUCAGUCAGAAUUGUUCUAAAAUUAGGCCACAACUAGGGACCUGAGAGGACUGUAAUCAACAAUUUAAAUAGCUAAAGUCUCAAAAACCUGCUAAAACACUGACUUAGUGCUUAAUUAAAAUUUUAAUAUGCUUACAGAAAGUAAAAAUGUAAACCUGAAUUUAGCAAUUCAGUCAGAGCAAUGAGGAGCUGUAGCUGGAAUCCACCAGUGUGACAAAUGGCACCCAAGAUGAAGAUACACAAAUCAAGCAAACAUCCCUCUUAAGAUUAUUUUUUGUCAUUGCAUACGUCGUUCAGUUUGCUUGGCUUGUCCUGUUUGAUCUACCCAUGUGUGUAAGGAAAAGAAGCUGAAUGGACUUGCCAUGUACCCUUUCCAAGCUGCAGCUUGCUUCUCUUCUUGUUGUAGACUCAAAAGUUAGCUCCAACUGACUCCCUUUGCUAGCAGUCAGCCCCCAGUCCCACAUGCUGAUCUUCCCUCCUCACAAGUCCCUUCUCUCUGAUGACUUUGCCAGCCCUCAGCAUCUUGCUUAUUCCUCCACUCGUGCAGCCUCUUUGCUGGCAGCAACAGCGUGUUUGCUUGGGAGCUGUCCUGGAUAAUGCUUUCCCACUUUCCUGCAUCUAGAAAGGCUGCUGACCCACAGGAGAACUGUGUCUGGGCAGAGACCACGCAGAGCCAAAUCUCUGGGUGGUAAUGGCAUCUGCCCUGGCUGCUUUGGCUCUGGCUUUUUGUCACAGCUUUGUAUGCCCUGACACAUCUUCUGCAGGCAAAUCAGUUCAGAGCACCGGGGUUAUCCAGCAUCUCCCUCCCACCUAUCCUGUGUCUGGUUAGCUGCCCACAGUCAGCCCUUGUGUUGUGCCAAGUCAAGCCACAGGGACUUCUGGACCAACAUGCUGCUGUCACCAGCCCUGGAGCAUCCAUUGGUGCUACCUGUGGCCCCAGCCUAUUUACACAUUGUUUAUGGCCCUGCCCUGCCAGACAGUUUGAGAGUCUCUCUCGCACAGAACUGAGGGAAAGCCACACAGGCUGUGUCUAUCUCAGCUGUGGUGUGUGGUCAGUGGGCUGCCUUUGCAGCCACAGCCCUCCCAUCAGCAUGGAAACAGCAGCAGGCAGAAAGGGGCAGCUCCUCUGUCACCAGUGCCAGCUGGUGUCACUGUGGCCAUUCCAGGCUUGGCCCUUUAAAAGUCAGUGUCAGUGUUUUGCUGAGAGCUCUGUGUUACCUGUUUAUGUGCUGCCAGGCUUCAGCUUUGGAAUGCUGUGGUCAAGGAGCAGCAAGCUGCAUCCUGGCAGGGCACCUUCUGCUCCUUCUUGGUCUGCUUGUCCAUUCCCAAUGACCAGGUCUUGGGUAAUAACUGGCAUGUCCCAGACUUUACUGUGUUUAUGUACCUCUCACAAAUGAAGUUUCUUCAAAUGCAAGUGAGUUUGCUUGAAGCUCUGACUCUACCCAAGUCUGCUUGGAGCUGCUGGGAGCCUUUUUUUGGGAUCUUUCUCUGUUUAACCUGUGCAUCAAAACGCUUUCCAAGCAGCCUUCAUGCUGCCCUCACCAAAGAAAGAAACCUGUGAAAGGUGCUGUACCAAUAUGUUUUUUCCUGCCCAAGUUCGAGGUGAAACAGGCUAGCAGGAAUCCAUCAGGAAACAGGAGCUGCUGUCUUUCAAAAAGACAAACUGCUGCCAGUCACAGUGGCUCCCCACACACGAGGCCAUGCAGUCCAGCUCCUGCUGUACCCCGAGCUCAGCAGGGGCCAGUGGAUGCUCCCAUGGCUCUCUGGGGGCUGCAGCUCCCAGGCCCAGCACUGGCCAGCCCAUCUGUGUGCCUGUCAUGGGCUACCAGUGCCAGCUUGGCUUCCUGACGUUAUACAACCCAAAAUCUGCAGAGCAAAGAGAAGACAGUUCCCUCUUUCCAUAGAGUGUAUUUAAUUUGUGUGUUCCUGCUCCUUUCUCACCACAGCCAGUGUCAUCAGCUGUCCUGUUAUUUCAGGGAUGGCCAAGGAGGUGUGCAGUUCCCAUCUCACCACCUGGAGCAAGGGGAGGUUUGGGAUUUCCCACUCUGCCCACCCACAAGCACCUUCAGGGAAGCUCUCCUCAAAUUCAGGUCCUCCACCUCUCCAAAGAGCACCUCCCUCAUGAGAACAAGGAUUUGACAUGUUUUUAGCCAGUCAGUCCUAUUCUGGGGAUUAGUCAGCAUGGGUAACAUUUGCAUCUUACCCUUUGAUGUCUGCUGGUUGUGGAUUUAUUUUUGGAGCUAGUAUCACUGUUCUUCUUUACAUUUUCUCCCCAAAGGUUGUCCUGUACCACUUGCACUGUCUAUAUAAAAUGAAUUCAUGACCUUGACUUUUGCAGGCAAAUAUUUUAGCCAUCUUCCACCUAAACUUUGAUUGUGCCAUGAAGAAUCCCUCUGCACUAAUGGUGCCAGCAUAGUCCUUUACAUCCUUACUGGAGGAUUUCUUUGUUCCUCCUUUACACCAUCCUUUUGUAUGUGCUGCUUGUAACCAAAGGGCUUGUGCUUCAUUUCUCACAGCCCACAGCACUCCUCAAGCUUCUGUAAUGUGGGCUCUGAGUUCCCUCUUCCAUUUGAGCUGGAAACUAUUAAAGGCCGUUGACAGCUUCAGAACCAGCUGGGUUUUGUCUACUAAAGUUGUUUUUUCUUUCUCUUUUUUUUUUUUUUUUUUUUUUUUUUUUUUUUUUUUUUUUUAAUUCUUUCUUUUUUCCACUGUGUUCACAUCCAUCACUUACAGCUCAGGAGUGAAACACUGCUACAGUCUUCUCUUGUCAACUCUCUCAGGAGAAGGCUGGGCUUUUAGCUUUUCCAUCAAACUCUUAUGCCUUUGGUCCUAAUGUUCAUUGUUCAGCAUCCCUUGAAGCCAGGGUCUUUGGUUCCUUUCUUUGUGUUUUUGCUUCAGUCUGCUCAGCAUUUUUUAGCUGGUGUCACUGUAUUACACCUCCUGGGGUCCACUGACCUGUUGGGCUGAAAAUGAGUAGAGAAGUCAUCCCACUGGUUUUAAAAGAUGCCUAGACCUAGACAGAACCUGCUCAACUCUGAAAGUUUAAAGCUUCUUUUCAGCUUGUUAUGGAAGAGCAAGCACUUUUCCAAGAAAAGGUAUGUUUUUCAUGACUACUGCAUCAUGCUCUGUCUGAGAGGGGAUGCUGCCAGGUAAGAGCAGCUCCACUAUCCACAGCACUUUGUGCCUGCAUUGCUCUGGCUCUGUAUUUCCUGGCCUGGACUUUUCUGCUCUUGGCCUCUCCUCAGUUGGUCUCUCGCAGCUAUGAUAUUCACUCAGAGGUAGAUACUGCCUCCAGCAAUUUAUUUUACCUGUCUCAUGUUGUUACUUGUGGUUACACCAGUCACGGGAUUUAUUUUGCCUUUUCAGUCUCCACUGUUUUUCCAGGUUUCUGCUGAGAUUUCUCUUGAUUCAGACUGACAAGCUCUUGCCAAUUUUGUCUUUCCCCUCGUGACUUCCCAAUAUCAAUGCUGUACUUGGAGUCCAAGUGCCCUUCAUGCCCCAAAUCUGCAAGAUAAGUAAACUUAGAAAAUCAUUAGGGUGGACUUUGACUGCUGCUGCCUCCAUCAAAGACUAGGAUUAAAUUAAGUCCCUUUGAUAAACUGAGCUGAUGGGCCAAUUUGGAGUGCGCAUGUGGUAUUAUGAGCCUCGCGGGACUUAUGAUUAAAAGACAUGAGAGAACACAAUUAUUUAGAGAGCUACCAGGAGAUUGCUGUAGCUCACUAGUCACUUCUUUAUCAGAACAAAAGAAGAGUCCAAUUCUCCAGGAUGACAGGCAGCUCCUGGGAAGUGUCCGUGAGUCUCUAAUUGCUGCGGGAGGCGGGGCUCCUGCUUUGAUGUGUGCUAUAUCACUGCAGGACGGUGCUGGGGAGAAAGCCACUCCAACCACUUCUGUCCCCUGGGCGCUUGGUCCAGGAGAGAAACCUUCCACACAGGUGGCUUCUUUAUCUCUUUUUACAGUUGCUUGGGUUUUUGGUUUUUUUCCCACCAUAAACUGCAGCUGCUUUUGCAGCAAGAUAGAGCUCAGCUGGGUUUCUUUGCUGGACUGUGAUCAAAUCCUGACCGGCACAGGGAGCUCAGUGCAACCAGAGCUGACUCCCUGCAUCAAAUCUUCAAGGCUGGGCUGGAUCCUGAGCCAACAGGAGAAGUCAUGUUAGCUUAGGCUCUGCAGCAAGCCCUGGAGAUGAGAAAUGUCUGACUGGACACAAAUACAAUUUUGCCUGUACUUUUUUUUUUUCUCAGGGUCAGGCUAUUGAGUCAGGGCUGGAUAGCAUAUCUAAUUGUAGCAAGGCUAUUUUUCUCACUUUUUUUUUAUUUUUUAAGCGGAACAUUCAUGCUGCAUUUUAAUUACAACAUUUAGAACAUGUUCAAAUAGCUUGGGCUCAAAUUGAUCUUGCUUUUCAGCCAGAAAGCUUGUUUUUCAUCUAUUAUAAUAAUAAAUGUGCUAUUGAUAAUAGUUUAGGUGCAAUACAGCAAAGCUUUGUGUUAUGCAUCAGCUCUGAAGGCUCAAAAUUUUCUUAUUAUCCAUUACUGACAUGACAGUUUACAAAUAUUUAACAAACAAAUUACCAGGUUUUCCUUGUUCCCUCUUAGUUUGCAGUCUCAGUCCUUUUGACAGCUGAAUUCAGGAUUAAUGAUAAUCUUGUUUAAGACAAUUGUUUGCUAGCAAACAGGUUUAUUCUCUAAACCUACAAGUGCAGUAGGAGAACUAACACUGACACUUUGAAUUAAAUCUCAUCCUCAAAGCAAAUUUUUUAGCUUUAUUCCAUCCAGUUCUCCUAAGAAGAAAUUGGAUUUGCCUGGUAAAGUGUUUAGACCUGUUAAUAAUUUUUUAGUUUAUGUAGUCAUUUUAUAUAUAGACACUUAACAUGAAGGGCUAGAAAAAGGAGUAUUUUUUCUCUGCCAGCCCUGAGCUUUCUGGGUCUAUUCAGGCUGUAAACAUUUUAAAGUCCUUUCUGAACACAAGCAGGGGAGCAAAGAGACCACCUUGACCCUCCAUGGAAAAGAGAGAUCCAGAAGGACAAGCUGGAUUUGGUUUUCUGGAGAGCACUGAGCAGCACUGGGAAACAUUCA